AUGAUUAUUACUGGUGAUGAUCUCCAGGCUAUUUCGAAUUUACGACGCUAUUUAGGAGAACACUUUGAGAUGAAAGAUCUGGGACCCCUCAAUUACUUUCUCGAUCUUCAGGUCUCAUCAUGCCCUGAUGGAUACUAUUUAUCUCAAGCAAAGUAUGCAUCAGAUUUUUUGGCUCGUUCAAAUAUCAUUGAUUCUGCCAUAGAACCGACACUGUUAUAUUCUGAUGUUCGUCUGACCUCUUUUGAUGUUCCCCUCGAGGAUCCAACCCUAUAUAGGCAGCUGGUUGACAGCCUUAUCUAUUUAAUAGUAACUCAUCCAGACAUUGCUUAUGCAGUUCAUGUUGUUCGUUAA